AUGUACGCUACUCGGUGGUUAUUUUCUACUAAUCAUAAAGAUAUUGGAACUUUGUACUUUAUUUUUGGUGCUUGGGCUGCUAUAGUUGGAACAGCUAUGAGCUUAUUGAUUCGGGCAGAACUUUCGCAGCCAGGUGCACUUUUGGGUGAUGAUCAUUUGUAUAAUGUAAUUGUUACAGCGCAUGCAUUUGUAAUAAUUUUUUUUAUAGUAAUGCCUGUUAUGAUUGGGGGGUUUGGAAAUUGGUUGGUGCCUAUAAUAAUUGGGGCUCCAGAUAUAGCUUUUCCUCGUAUAAAUAAUAUAAGUUUUUGAAUAUUACCACCGUCUUUUUCUUUACUGUUGGCUUCAUCUGCUGUUGAGGCAGGGGUAGGAACAGGAUGAACUGUCUAUCCCCCCUUAUCAAGUAAUAUUGCUCAUGCAGGGGCGUCAGUAGAUUUGGCUAUUUUUUCUUUGCAUUUGGCAGGGGUAUCAUCAAUUUUGGGGGCAAUCAAUUUUAUUACGACGAUCCAUAAUAUGCGUGCUAGAAUUGAGUGGAAUCGUGUCCCAUUGUUUGUAUGAUCUAUUUGGGUGACUGCUUAUUUACUACUUUUAUCUUUACCUGUUCUUGCUGGGGCAAUUACUAUGCUAUUAACAGAUCGUAAUAUUAAUACGACUUUUUUUGACCCUUCUGGUGGUGGUGAUCCAAUUUUAUAUGAGCAUCUAUUCUGAUUUUUUGGUCAUCCUGAGGUAUAUAUUUUGAUUUUGCCUGGGUUUGGUAUAAUUUCUCAUAUUAUCAUUCAUUAUGCAGGGAAGUUACGGUCAUUUGGUUAUUUAGGAAUGACGUGAGCAAUAUUCACAAUUGGUUUAUUAGGGUUUUGAGUUUGAGCACAUCAUAUAUUUACUGUAGGGAUAGAUGUGGAUACUCGUAGCUAUUUUACAGCUGCUACGAUAGUAAUUGCUGUACCAACAGGAAUUAAAGUGUUUAGUUGGUUAGCUACACUAGCUGGGUCAAAACAGUUAAAAUGAGAAACGCCGUUGCUUUGGGCAUUAGGGUUUAUCUUUCUUUUCACGGUGGGAGGGUUAACAGGAAUUGUUUUAGCUAAUUCUUCGUUGGACAUUGUUCUUCAUGACACUUAUUAUGUUGUUGCUCAUUUUCAUUAUGUUUUAUCGAUAGGGGCAGUAUUUUCUAUUUUGGGGGGAUUUACAUAUUGGUUUCCUUUAUUUACGGGAUUUACUUUACAGGAAGCCUGAACUAAAAUUCAUUUUUUUGUUAUGUUCACGGGGGUAAAUUUAACUUUUUUCCCUCAACAUUUUUUAGGAUUAGCAGGAAUACCUCGACGGUAUUCAGAUUAUCCAGAUGCUUACACAAUUUGAAAUGUAAUUUCAUCUUUAGGUUCUAUUAUUUCUUUAGGGUCAGUAAUUUUCUUUUUAUUUAUCUUAUGGGAGGGGUUUUCUGCGCAACGUAAGGCAGUGCCCGCAAGUCAUACAUCACAUUCUGCUGAGUGGUUAAUAGGGUGUCCUCCGCUGUUUCAUACACAUGAAGAACUUCCUUUUAUUUCUAAGAAAUUUUAG